CCGGCAGCCCGAGGGACGGGAGGCGGGCCCGGCCCGGCCCGGGGCUGCGGGAGGGGAGGCGGGCCGGGCCCGGCCGCCGCUCGCCCACAGCCUCCUCCCCUCACGCCGCGGUCCGCCCCGCCGGGGAGGGUUGUUGUGCGCAUGCGCGGCGGGCCCGCCCGCUCUUCCCCGGCGCGGGGCCGGAAGCCCCGGUUGCCGUGACGACGGCGUCGCUGCCGCGGCCCCGGCCCGGCCCGGCCGCCCAUGCCGCGGAAAGCGCUGCUCUGCGUCCUGCAGCUGGACCUCCGCUCGGUAACUUGCCCUGGAGUGGUUUUGAAAGGCAGAGAGGAACUUUAUCUCAGUGUUUCUGUACUUGGGCAGUACAAAAAGACUCAACAUGUCCCUGCAGCCUUUCCACUCUUCUUUCAAGAAAAACUAGUAUUUGAAAAGGCAUUUCCUGAGGUAGUUGAUCCUGGUGAUCUCGUGGAGUUACUGGAACUUGACACAGCAGUACUUGAACUAAUACAGCUCGUUCCUCCAGUAGGAAAAAUUCUAGCUACAUAUGAAGAAAAUACAAGAGAUUUCCUGUUCCCUGACCCUAAGCUUACCCGUGGGCACCGUGGUGUAGAUCGUGAGAUUUUAAUGAAGAGGUCGUCUUCUUUUGCAGGAAUUGCACCAAAAUUGAGAUUUUCUACAAGCUCCCUUAUUACAGAAAGUCUGUUAAGCUCAGAAAGGAGUCACAUACAGGGUGAUAUGAAAGGGGGACAUCAGUCAACCCCAAAUGGAAAAGUGCAAACCAAGUUACCAAAGAAAAAUACUCUUUCACCUGAGAAAAGCAGGCACAGCUUAGCAACAAAGAGCUACCAGCAACCUACAAUAGCUUCUAAAUCCCGUUCUCCAUCUCCGUACACAAAGAGACGAAUGUGUGAGCUCUCACAAGAAGCUGGACAACGACUGGCCCAUUUAAACCUUGGACCUUAUGAAUUCAGAAGAGAAACUGAUAAACCCCCAUUUGUAGUUAGACGGGUUGAACAACGAAGUCCUAGUAUUAAACUUCAUACUUGGUGUCCCAUGCAAGAAAGCACAGCAGAAGCCUGGACCAAGGUAAACCAUGAUUCUUCUCUUCUUGGCAGCUACAGACCCAAGAAAGCCAAAGCAAAAUCUAUUCAUGGAAAAGACUUGGACAGUUCUGAUGUCUGCACUAAGGAUGGGAUCUCAGACCCAACCAGCAGACAGUCCCAUGCUGCGGGUUUAUUUCAGCGUUCAGCACCUCCAGCAUUUCAGGAGCAAGCUCCGAGUUCUGUGCUACAACGAUCUUCUCUAAGGGAGAGAUUUAGCUCUGCUUGGCCUUCACCAGCAAAUGGAGAGGAGAUCCAUAAAAGAAUUAAAAAUAUUUUAAGGACACACAGUGCGAGACAGCGCCUGAUACUUGAUGAGAGUGACGCAUCAAAAGGAGACUUGAGGAAGACAAGAGAAUCUUUGCUUGAAGCACCUUUAUCCAUGAGUGAACUGCAGAGCAGUUCACCAGUGCAGCAGAAAACUUCUGUUCACUUGGAUAAUGGUGAAUAUUGGUCUAGUCGUGCAGCUGCAUACAAAGGGAAGUCUCACAGAGCAAUCUUUGAAGAGAGUCUCUCAAAAAUAUAUAGAAACAUGUACCAAAAAGCUUCUGGCACUGUUUCAGACCAAAUAAUGCACUCCUGAUAGCAAUUCACCUGAAAAUGCACAGUGUUCAGGUUUUUAAUUAAACCUGUUUUUAUAUAAAACAAAUAUUUGUACUCUAUUUUUAAAGAAUAUUUAUGGUUGGGCAUGGUUUUGGAGAAAUGGGGUUGUGACCUGGGUUGCUAAGAGAGAACUGUUGACAUCCCCCUAUGUGUCUGUCCUGCCUCCCAAAAAAAAACCACCACACCAAACAACAGCAACCAAGCCCCUCCACACUUAAUCAGAUGGUGUUGCUCUUCUGAGACUAUGAAAAGAAAGUAAUUUGAAGACUAGUAGGUCUACUGGACAUGGCUGUCAUUGCAUCAACUCAGGUUUCAGUUGCAGCCAAUUCUUUUUAAAGAAUUAAAGCUAUUUAGUAACAUAAACAGAAUUAGUGGAAGCAGCAAUGUCCUGGUGUUAAGAGAAGGGGUCUAAAGAGGAAGGUGAAUGUGAAUUUUGAUUUAAAGGUGUUCCAUCUGGGGCAAAGGGAACUGUUUUCUAGAAAAUUGCCUUUGGAUUGUUUAUUUUUGAGAAGGGCAGAAACUCUGAUACUGACUAUAGACAUGCUUGCAAAGUGGUUUCAGGACCCUUUACUCACAGAUUGUCUAAUACUGUCAAAUUUUAAAAGAAGCCCACCUAGCCCAGCAGCCUUUUUAUCAGAAGAAAGGUCAUCUUCACACACCCUGUGCAUUUUGAAGUUUCCAGGUUCUCUUGGAUGCAGCCAUGACAUUUGCCAAUACGCUUGUAAUUUUAAAAAAUAUGAAGAAGGAACGAGUGUGGAUGGGAGACAUGCUGGAGCUAGUGAGCAAGCUCCUCAUACACCCUGUACAGGCCUUCUGAAGCUCCUGCAUCACAAUCCCACCUAAUUUGGAGCCCUUCCUUCCCAGUCUGCUGGGAUCCUGUUGGCAGAAAUCGCAUCGUUUUUGCUAAAGGCCACCAAAUGUUCAUCAGCAGUUUGAUGCUCUCCCCAGGGGUGGAACCUUUUCAGCCUUGCAUUGAACAGAUCCCACAUUAACAGACCAGGGCAAAUUGCCCAUCUAUUGAAAAGCAGACUGUUUUAAAAGGGCAAGAGUGUCCAUCUCCUGCUUCCUUGCAGAAUGUGGGGAGAAAAAACAAAUGCCUGUUUUGGCUCCUUUCCUGGCUGAGCGAACAGAUUCAGUUACACCAGUGCCAUUUUACCUGUUAUGAAUGGAUGAAGGACAAAGCUAGCAGUACAGAUGGCAGAACAUAUGACUGUAACCUGCCAGCAUGCCUAGAUAAACAAAAAGUUGGGCUACUCUGCCUUCCGUCGUUUAAUGCUGAGACAACAUAAUUGAUUUGAGGAAGCAGUUGGUGAGCAAUGAUGCUAGUGGGGAAGCACGUUGAAAGGCUUCGUGCUUCUGUUUCAGCAAAGGGGACUCUCAGAGGAAGUGUCUUGUGUACAGACAUUUCUGUUCCUUGUAACUGUUGAACCAGUUGAAGUGAAUUAACCCUGAUAACUUCCUGUCCCUGAUGCCAUUUAGCACAUUAGUGCUUUCAAAGGGCAUUAGUUGCAGUCUUAUGCUGUGGGUGAGUGUUGAGUCACUGUGUGAAGCAGUAGCAGCACAACUGUUUGCAGAAGUGAAAAGUAAAACUUGGCACUAGCUGUGCCACUGAAGGCAUGGUGGCCAUGGAGUAUUGUCCUACCCCUACCUGGUAGUCACCCAUUCAUUAGUCUGUUCCUGUGACCUCAUAUUAGUCCCUAAAGGAAUAGGUUCUUUCUCCUUGCUGUUCAGGAAAGUAGGCAUGUUCAAAUGGAUCCUAAAUAGCCAGGGCACAUUCUGAGAGAUACUCUCCGAGCUUUUGGUUCAAAAUGGAUCUACUGAAAUCCGAUGGUUGCUGCUGUGUGUUUGAGCCAGAAGUUUCAUUGCUCUUCUCAUGGUAUCCCAGGGUUUCAAUUCAGUAUUCUGUGUCUUUUCCCUCUCUAGUGUCAGAGCCCAGUAAAAGUUACAGUCUCCUGAAGACUGGCAGCUCCUCUUUGGCCUGAUCUGGUUCUGUGACAUAGAAGUACUGUGCCAUUUUUCCCUCCCCAGCAAUCCAGUCCCUGUUUGUUCAAUAUGUAAGAAGGCUGGAAUGCUGAAGCUUUGGGAUUUUUUAUAUCGAUGAGUAAGGACACAAGUUGCCAUGAAUUCAGGACACAAGGAGGGGAUGAGGAAGGUUGGAGGCCACUGUGAAAAAACAGGGUAAGGUUUUUGAGGGGUCUAGAAGAAUGGCUGGGGUAUCUCUGUUUAAUUCCCUAGCUGAAGAAAGGAUGCCUAUGGUAAUAUGGCAACCUUUGAUUUUUCAUCAAAGAUGAAAAAUAAUUUCAGGAAAGGUGAAAACUGGAUGAGAGGGAAAAAAAAAAAAAGUGUCAUCUAUUGAAUUUUGACCGGUAUGAAUAUUCUGACUGCAGCUUUUGCAGGCAGCAUAACAACAAAUGAAGCAGAAAGACUGAGUGUCUUUGGCCCUGCUCCAGCUGUGAGGAGACAUAGUAUGUCUGAUAACUUUCUGAAUCAGCUGCUGCAGGAUCUGUGUUUCUCUGGGGUCAGAGUCAUCCCACAGCUUAUUCGCUGUGAUACAGCCAGAGCGUUCCCUUCCCAGCACCGUGCUGGAAAUCCGGUUUGUUUAAUGGAAAACUUUUAUCAGAAAUAUGACUUAAGACCCGAAUUACUCUGAUCUGUCUGUAAAAUCUGCAAGCCACUUCAUUUUCAGAAGCAUUUGGCCCCUUCCCUGUUUGCUCAGCUAACCCUGCUAUUAAUAUGCACGCAGCUCGAGUGCACCGAGCGCCGCUGCUCCUCUGCUGCUGCCGUGGGUGAUAAGUACGGGUUCAGGCAGUGAACCAACACAGUAAUAAACUGUAAUUGUUUAGUGCACCUUGCCUUCUAAUGCAAUUUAAAUCCCUUCUAUCAAAUGCAAAUUUCCAGGUUCCUGAUUAGAGCUUUAAAUAGCAUUUUCUGUGCUCAUUCCUUAUCUUUCGCCAUCCACAAAGUGGCCUGUCAGUGACAGUGGGAUGGCAGAAUUCCCCCCCCCCUUGCUUUCCCUCCUAAAGGAAAGCUGCCUACUCACAUCUAGAAAUAAUGGGCUACAUUAAGAGUGAAGUAGUGUUUUUCUGUAGAGUCUAUCUCUUGCCCUCCCCAAGUUACUAUAACACGAGUAUUCUCACCACAUGCUAUUCAGUAUCCAUUGUUGCUUGCAGUAUGCAACCAAUAUUUGAAUCACUUUCAUUUUAAUAAGUCAGAGUCUGCUUCCUACUUGCUCCCUUCUCUCUUUCCUACAAAUAACUCAGUAUUGGGGUGGCUUUAGGCGAACUACCUGCCUGUGUUUAGUAGAAAUGCAAAUCCUUUGCUGAGUAGCAGUUGCUGUGGAAAUCACUCAAUCAUUGACCUGUUGUGGAAUAAAGGCAAAAAUGUCAAACUCUUUAAUGAUUUGCCUUAUCUAAGUUCUCAACUGGAAGAAGGAAAGCUUAAAUUGGUUCACUGGGGACAAGAGGUAUAGGGAUGGCAAGAAUAAUGGGAACAGGUGGGAGCAGCUCUGUAAGAUAGAUGGGCAGCAGAGUUUAUACUCCAAAUCUGAGCAGCUUGGAAGAUGAUGGGGCUGGUUUUUAGCUAGUGCAUCGUGUUUGAAUUUUACUAUUACUUAGCAGGCUGCCAAAACAGUGAGGGGAAAAAGAAAUCUACCCAUAGGUGUUGGGAAUCCAUUUUUUGGGUAAAAUAACAGAAUAUUUAGCUCUGCUCAGUGUUACAUUGUUCCAAACUCCUUAUCAUUAUUACCUCAGCUAUAAAGUAGGGAGUUUGUGCUCCAUUGAAGCUUAAUUAAAUGCCUGUGAAGUGCUUUGGGAUCCUGAGGUGAAUGUUACAGAAAUUAUUUUGUGAAAGCCUGGCCGAAAGUCCCAUCUCAUCUCCAGGUUACUAAAAAAGGCUUUAUUUUAAUUUUCCCAGGUUUAUUAUGUUUUAAUCAGAUAAUUAUUAAGCAAGUCUUAAUCUUAUCAAUAUAGAAACCUGUUAAAUCUAAGAGAUGGCUGAAAAAGAUAAUUAACUGCUUUACUGCAUGUGCUUUUAGGAGCUAAUCUUUACAGCUGGUAUCCUGAUUGCUCUCCUCUUAUUUUUAAUUUAUUUUUUUUUAAUACAAUUUUUUUUUUUUGGUCAUUGUGAUGUUUUAGUGCCUCCUGCUAUGGGUAGUAAUCAGCACUGUUCACAGAAUCAUAGAAUGAUUAAGGUAGGAAGGGACCUUAAAGAUCAUCAGGUUCCAACCUCCUUGCUGUAGAUUUACAUCAUUUGUUCUCAUCCUCUCCCCAGGAGCAAGAGGGUGUGUGCAGCUUGACAGUGGAAAAGUUUGUCUAGGGUGCCCUAGGGUUGUCAGAGAAAGGAAGCUGGAAAGAAUCUCUGCCUUUGCAGCCCAUGUGCAAGGAGCAGCUUGUGUUAUCAUUCUGCCCUUCAUACUUUUUAAGCUUGAAAGUGUUUUUUUUAAAAAACUGAACUAUGCAAACAGAAUUCUUGGCCUUUUAUCAGUGGUCACUUAACUAUAAAUCUUGUAACGUGGAACCUCUGGGUCAUAGGAAAGUCUGCCAUGAUGUUAAUUAGUUACUUCAAUGGUUACAUAGUGAUCGUGAUCAAGAUGCUGAUAAGAGAUUUGUUUAGUAUUUGAGGAAUUUGGGGAAACUUUCAAAUCAAUUAAAUGUAGCUGCUUGGCUCCAGUGAAAACAAUUGAAGCUAAGAGAGAACAGCACUUGUGUGAAUGGUGUUAAUGAGCUACCUCAGUGACUGACAUGGUGUCUGGUUUAGUUGAUGGGCUCUGGUAGCAGCAGGGAACCUGUCUUUGCCCAGUUCUUUUCAGUAGCAAGAAAUAAACCAGUAUUGUGAGAAGUGAACAAAAAACGCCUAAUAUUCCUACUUCUGUUGCACAGUGAACUAUUAAGCACAAGCCCUGUUGAUUACAUUGGUUUCUACUGCUUGUCCAUGGAAUUCAAUUUGGCCGAUGGUGUCCAUCAGCAACCAAAACCCUUAAAAAUGAGGCUGUAGCUUCUUUUGUUAACAAUGCUGGCUUGUCAAAGAUGUGCAGUUUGUUCCGUUUGUCUUCAGUGAGAAAUUCUCUGAAGUGCAGUGAUAAUUUGCCUGGAUGGCAACAUGGGGGAACUGUAAUCUUUCUCUUUGUUUGAUCGGUGCGGAGACUGUGAUUUUUCUUGUGUGUUUCCAUCCUAUUCCUGGUGAUUGCUUCUGACCUAGCAGAGAACUCUCUGCAGCCUGAGAAGUGGUCAUCUGAGCUGCCUUCUCACCUCUUCAGGGAAAGGAGUUUGUUAUUGCAGACCAGUGUCCCUCCUGGUUGGUAAGAAUUGACUGAUCCUGGGGAUAGAGCAGAAAUCUUGGUUCUGUGGUCAGGCAUUUGCAUAACCCUGUAGAGCUGGUGCCACUGAAUGAGCAGAGCUUCCCACAAAGUGGGGGUGGGAGGCUGAACGCAGGGGUAGACUUUGAGAGUGGGUUGCUGCCUGGUCUGCCAUGUAUUAUGCAUUUGUAUACCAGGAAUUAUCAGUGUCUAAAAUAACCUGUGAAAAUUCUAAGUAACAAAAGCACCAUUUACAUUACUAAACAGUGGUGAAUUCUAAUGCUUUUUUAUUUGUAUUGUUACACUGACUUGAAUUUUUGAAUGUUUAGCUAAUUGAGUUGUUGCUAAGACUGUAGUUGUAUCAACUGUUUCAUUCAGUAUUCCUGUAGUAAACAUUUGCUAGGAGGUUGCUUUCUCUGCCUGCCUUGUUUUCACCACAGUCAUCUAGUGUUUACACAUACAUUUUAGCCUCUGUGCCAUUUUUGAAGGCUUUAUUUGUCUCAUUUAUGUUUUUGGUUUGGAUAAUACUUAAAUAUGAAAUCCAUCUGGGAAACAUAUUGUAUAUUCACGUUGAGGGUAAAGCCAGUUUUUAAUUAAAAUUUUAUACAGCACUUGUA